AUGUGGCCCGCGGGCCGUGGUUUGCCCAGGUCUGUUUUAAAGGAAAAGUGUCUUCAGUGUGGAUACAAACACUUUACGGGCGUGGACGGCAGUGACGGGAUGCUGAGGGAAGCUGCUAAAAGCAGAUUGUACAAGGACCUCAGACUGGCCUUACUGGGAACAGAUCUACUUCCUGCAGAGCCUGAUACGUAUGAUAUCGUUAUAAUCGUCGGAGCUUUGGGUGUUGGGUUUGUACCUGUCAGUGUGGUCAGGGAGCUCUGCAAAGCCGCCACCCCGGGAGGCUACAUUUGCAUGAUCAAAGGUGAUCACAGGAGUGAAGAUCAUGACGAGUACAAGGUUGCCCUGGAGAUGGAGCUGCAGCUGAUGGAGGAGGAGAAGCUGUGGUCACGUGUCAGUGUGAAGGAGUUCGACAAGUACAUGACAGACAUGUACAGUGAAGAUGUCCAAGAAGACAAAUAUGUGACCGGUACUGGGUACCUGUACAGAAAGAACCUGGAGUGAGCA